AUGCAAUGCGUCGCCCUAGGGGACCCCAUACCCGAGAUCGAGUGGUCUAGGGAUGGCGAACCGCUGCCCAUGUAUGAGUGGAAGAAUGAGGUUAUACACGGCAUAGAAUUCACUCCCUUCACGACCUACGCUCGGUCAGUCUUGACAGUCAACGCCACUGCUACUGCCAACUACACCUGCUCUGCUGAUAACGUCAUCCAGGGACGCCGCACCUCCGAUUCCAGGACUUUCACAGUGUCCGUCGUCCAUCCUGUCAGUCCCAUAAGACGCCCCCUGGGGUACUGCGCUCCGUAUAAUGGUCGAGUGUGCCGGCAUCACCUGGGGGGCACGGGCUUAGUUUGGUACAAUAUCACUGCUACUGACAAGGGAGGCUGGUUGAAUGAGCACAUUACCAGAGAAUUAUGGGCAGAAAUGAUUGAUAACUUUCGCGAGCCGUGUCGCACCGCUGCUGAGAAAUUACUUUGUCGAUACGCAUUUCCCGAGUGUCAUUUGGAGGAUGGUUACCAGGUUGGCCUGCCUCUGUGCCGUGAAGACUGCAUAGCAGUACGCAGUCUCUUCUGUGUAAAUGAGUGGCUUCUUAUUGAGCAAAAUAAACAAGAAAAUAGAGUAUUCAAAUCUCGGAGGCACUUCCGCUUGCCUGACUGUGAGAAACUUGAAAGUUUUGGGGACGGAUCCCGACGUGUGUGUUCACACAUAGGUUUAACAUCAAUCAACCCUGAUGAAGUUACAUAUGAUUGUAGGAUAGGAAGAGGGCGAUGGUACUUUGGAACAAAAAAUGUCACUAGUAAUGGCAUUGCCUGCCAGAGAUGGGAUUCUCAGACACCACAUAGUCAUCACCGUCCUCCAGAUGUGUUUCCUGAAGUGCAGGAUGCAGAAAAUUACUGUAGAAAUGCAGGCGGUGAAGAGCCAUACCCUUGGUGUUACACCACAGACCCAAAAAUCCGAUGGCAGCACUGCAGCAUUCCACUUUGUGGUGAAGAAUCCAUUGGUACAGGUGUAGGCCUGGCUAAUGAGAUGCAUGAUGAAGAACUAUUAAGUCCAUGGCUAAUGCUGAUCGCUGGUGGAGCAGGACUAGGUGGCCUACUACUCCUUGCUUUGAGUGCCUUGUUGAUACAUAAGUUAGUUCAGACACGUCAUGGAUACUCCACACCAAAUAAUCAGGAGGCUGACAUAGAUUUAACCAAACUUCCAAGCAAUUCUGCAUAUCAUCAGACGUGUGCUCAGCUUAAUCCCAAGCUUGAGAAGCUACAGUAUGAUCGUAACAGUAUCAUUUAUAUUCGUGACCUUGGACAAGGGGCAUUUGGCAGAGUAUUCCAGGGUAGAGCACCUGGUCUGUUACCUGGGGAGGAGCUGACAAUGGUUGCUGUCAAAGUACUCAAAGAGGAAGCAUCUGAAGACAUGUUGGGUGACUUUGAAAGAGAAGCCUGUAUUCUUGCAGAAUUCGAUCACCCAAACAUAGUUAGGCUACUGGGUGUCUGUGCUGUUGGAAGGCCCAUGUGUCUUCUGUUCGAAUACAUGGGCCGUGGGGAUUUAAACGAGUUUUUAAGGUCAUGUUCUCCAACAAAUUAUAUUGUAAGGUCAUCUAAUGGAGAUACAUUUAGUGACACAAAACUCAAUUAUAAGGAUAUGUUAUGGAUCGCUACACAGAUUGCAGCUGGAAUGGUCUAUUUGUCUGAUCGUAAAUUUGUGCAUCGUGACCUUGCAACACGAAAUUGUCUAAUUGGAGAGGAUAUGACAGUUAAGAUUGCAGACUUUGGGUUAUCACAAAAGAUUUAUAUCGCCGAUUACUACCGUGGUGAUGACAGUGAUGCAAUACCCAUUCGGUGGAUGCCUCUGGAGAGCAUUUUAUAUAACAAAUACACCGUGGAAAGUGACGUGUGGGCAUUUGGGGUGUGUUUAUGGGAAAUAUUUUCUUUUGCAUUACAGCCUUAUUAUGGAAUGACUCAUGAAGAGGUGGUAUGUUUUUUGAAGGAAGGUGGUAUCCUAUCAUCCCCAGAACACUGUCCACCAGAGACCUUUGGAAUCAUGACGUGGUGUUGGCAACGUCGUCCCCACGACAGACCAUCAUUCCCCAUAAUACAUAAGGCGUUAACAGACUUAGCUGCUGGGCGUCCAGCGAGUGUUCCAUUUCCGCCUCCUAGUUCUGCCAUGUCAACCUCAGCUCCUGCCACCCCCCGCCCAUGCUCCUGUGCGCCAGAACCUAGUGUUCAGCAAGUAUGAAAAGCACAUUAAUUGAACUCUCAUUGUAUAUAGGUAGAUUGUAUAGUGAAGUGAAUCUCAUUAAGCGAUUUUAAAAUUUGAUGACAUUAGAUAUUAAAUAUUGGCCAGUAUUUGUAUGAAUUUCAAUUUAUAUUAGUUUUCAUGCAUUUAAAAACAAAGUUAAUUUUUACCCUUUAACAUUUACAUUAUAAUUUUUUUAUACCUGUAACUUGAUCACGGCAUUUUCUUUUAUUUUACAAUAAUAAUGUGUGACGACAUUGUUUUGUGAAAGCACAAACUUCUAUGUAAGGUACUGGCAUGUAAAUUAAACUGUGUGUACUGUAAAUAUUAUACUACUGAUAAUGUUUUUUUAAGGCAGCUUUGUUUAACACUGAUUUGUUAAAUUGGCAUUUAGAAGUUUUAUAUAGGAUUUGAAAAUUGAAUUUUUCUUUUUAUAUGCUUUGAAAAGGAGUAUGAAUGAAUGUUUUCCAUAAAAACAUUUUUUUUUAUUCAUAUGAAAGUGUUUCAGUAUGUGGUGUAUGAUGGAGUUAAUACCCAAAACUUGCAGCACUUGAAUGCAUGAUUAUAUGUACAUUUGUAUUUCCUGAGGAGUAGUUUUAAUCUAACAUACUGGGAACAACUGAAUAAACAAGACUAGGUAAUUAACAAGGGAAAAACAAAGAAAGAAAGUGAAGCAUUUUGAAUUUUAGUGUUUAACAUUAAGUUGACAUUUACCAAGUUAUCAAAACCUGUACUUUGUUUUACUGGAAUUAUACUUCUUUUCCUCGGUUUUAAUUAAAAGUAAUUUUUAUGCUCGGCAGAAGAGGCAUCACUCAAGAAUUAAUAGAGGCAAUAUGGAAUUUGUCAGUUAUUAUAUCCAUUUUUAUAAACUGAUAUAACAGUGAGGAUUUUACCUAUAUCUCAAACUAGAACAAUUAUAAAAUAAAGUAAUGGAUUCAGCAGCUCAAAUUAAAUAUUGCAACAAUUUACAUUGAAGAGCAUUUUAUAUUGUGUUCCUUUUUUUUUGUUUGUUUAGCAGCCCAUUGAGUGACUGGCAUCAAGUAGCCAUGUUCAUGAAGUUUAUGACAAGUAGUAAAAAAGCAUUUGAGUACAGUAAGUAAAUGAAUGAUUCUUACAAAGAAAAGAAUUACAACAGAUGCAACAUGCACAACUUUCUCUCUACAAAAAGUCUAAAGUACAGAUGACAAAACUGUAAACUGAUUUUCCCCAGAUUGCAUUUGAAAAUGUUUAAUAGACAGAGAGAGGCCAAUGAUUCAAGUUUGUAACAAUUUCUGCAUUACUACAAGCAACCGUAUAAGCUAUUACAUUUUGCUAAUAUGUAUAAGAAUGCUUAUUUAGCAAAUGAAAAUGGUUAAGAGGUUACUGUAUACUGAUUUUAGAGGUCCUGUACCAGUGAUGGGUACAUGAAGCAACAAUAAAUCAGAGAAAAAGAGACACAUAGGGUAUGUUUGAAAACAUAAAAAGAAUGGAAAAAGGAAUUCAGUGCAAAGAAAUUUAAACAAAUUUCUUACAAAAAAACCGAAAUGGUUGUAAUAAAAGUAGUGUUCACAUACAGUAUAACUAAAGCGUAUAUUUAGUACAUAAGUUUACAUUGGAAUUUUUAUCAGAGAAAUUAUGAAAACGAAUGUGUAAAACCUUGAAAUUAACAAAGCUUUGAGUCUACAUAGUUGCAAAGAUGAAAAUUAAAUAUAAUGGAUACAUAAAAGUAAGAAAACUAAGAAAAUUAUGGAAUAAUUUACUGUUCAGUAUAUUCCCUGUAAAAAAAGAGUGCUAUUAUAAAUCACAAUUUAGAAUCUCAGAUAAGUUAUGGUCACAGUGCUCUGUUAGCAAAGACAAAUAGGCUAUAAAUAAUGCAGGUAGAAGUAACAAGUUCCUAUAGCAUAACCUACAUGAAAAAAAGCAACAACAACCAAUCCUGCACAUAAAAUGCACUGUGGAUGUUUAUUAGUACAUUCACUUCCUUUGUACCAUUCAUGGUUUGCAAAGUUGAAACUACUCCAUGGUCUGACAAGGCCAUUACGUGUGUAAUGGAAUCAGAAGAUGCUGCAGCAUUUUUUAAGUUAAAUAAGGUUCCCAAUAGAUCUUUUUAACUGACAGUGGUAUUCAAGAAGUACUUAUAAACAAGUUAUGUGAAUGCUGUGUAUCUCCAUAAAGAAGAGAAAAAUUUAACUCCCAAAAAUGUAACCUAUAAAAAUAACACUUACCAAAGGAUCCAUUUGGAGAGUAAUCUAAUCUAAAUUCACUAGGACACCUUCCUAAAAAUCACACAUAUAUGGUACUAUAAAGCUGAAAAAUAUUAAUUAUAAAGGUUUGCUAACAGUCAGUAUGCGUGAAACACACUAUAUUCAAGUUUAUUUACUUUCAAUAGUUAGGGAAGAAUUGUUCUGAUGAAGCCACUGAAAUGCAAGAGAAUUCAGAGUUUGAAAUAUGUGGAUUCUGUAUGGUGCAUAACAAACAAAAUGCUCCGAGAGCAUUUAGAAAAUUUUUGCAUAUUUUUCUCAAUAGCAAGUGAAGAGCUGAAACCCAUAAAUAAUGUGCUGAAAAAUUCAGGACAGUAGUGAACUUACUUUCAUUUGUUAUUUUAUAAGAGAAUUUCUAUAAAUGUGCUGUAAGUAUUUGUCUGAAUUUCCAAGAAUUUCAAACUCGAUCUCGUUUGGUUUUGCUAAAUACUCUACAAGAAACAUUCCUAUUUCAUAUAAAGUUAAUCUUGAUUUUUGACUGCAUUUAUGUUAUGUUCUGGAACAGUAUUGCACAAUGGAACAAUAUUUAAGAGAUGAUGAUGAGAAACAAUUUUUCAGCUGUAAGUUCUACAGUAAUUUUAUUGCCUCUUUGUAAGUUUUUCUAGUCCUUUAUUUCUCUUUGUUUGGGAAAAUUAGGUAACAUACAGUUGUAAGAUGCCUUCCAAACUUCAGGGGUUUAUUUUUGUAAGUACAUGUAAGACCACAUUGCAUGGUAACACAAUAUUGUUAAGAAAAGUCUUGUUACCUUUUCUCACACACUAGGAGAUAACACAUUGUUUUCUUCCCUCGUUGGAUUUUUUCUUGAAUUGCAGUCAAAACACAGCAUUCCACAUUAAAAGGGACCAGCAGCUGGUAGGUGGUAAAUUAAGGUAUGUGCACAUUUGGAACACAAUAGAAUAAAUAUACGUAUAUCAAUCGUUGAGUUUCAUGAGUGUUGUGAUGUUUGAGUUAUUUAUUCAAAGUGAAGUCAAUUAUUGAUGAACAGGUCAGUGUUUACAUUGUAUUAUUUUUCUGUAACAAUUUCUUGGAUUCUUGGAUUCGCUUUUGCUUCAGCUUUGAACAGCAUUUCACAUAUUGCCGGCCUGACUACAUCAUUAAUGCAACUCCUAAAACUGAAGAUUAAGGAAAAUUAGGCUUAGGACCAAAGGUGGUAUCAUAAUUUUUCAAAUAUGUGUAAGUAUUGUCUGUUGUAAAUUACUUUGUCUGCCAAAGCUCCUUAAGUGAAGAAAUAAAAAAAAAAAAGGGGGGGGCCGACUUGAUAUUUUAUACCUCCCGAAAAAUUUUGAUAUAGUGUUCAUAAGAAAAAAGCAUAAAGCCCCUUAAAGUGACUUUAGAAGCAUUUAUGUCAUCCAUAUUUAAUGAUAUACUGUCUGGCUGUACGUUACACUGUACGUACUGUUAUGAGACUAUUUAUGAAUUUUCAUCUUCUAAAAUUUACUCAUCAUCAAUCUACAAUAAUUUGUCAUGGAAAAGAACUUUGUGCCAAACUACCUUGUGGUUAUUUACACUGUUUUUGGGAAAAAAAAAACAUGAAUGACAUGAUUUGCAGUUUUAUGUGUAAAUUUUCUUGGAUGUUGUGAAUAGCUUACAGCUUUGGAAUGGUGAAGACUGCAUAAAAAUUGGAUUUCAUUGUGAUUUGCAUUUUUGAUGUGUGUAACUACUGUAUAUACAAUACGUACUUGAAUGCCUCCCUAAGCAGGCUUUUGGGAUGUACUGACAUGUCUUAAGAAAAUGAUCGAUCAUGUUUUCUAAAAGUUUCAAGGGAGCUUAGCACUUACUGUGGUUAGUCUGUCUAUGAACGUAAGUGCUCAUUCCUUUCACCAAGGUAAUGGUACGGUACACUUGAGAUUUUGUGUGGGAAUCAGUAGAAUAUUAAAAAUUAAGUUGCAAAAAACUAAAUCAUUGCUAUGUACAAAUCAGUGUCAGUGUGGAGUAUUUUUGUAUGCUAAUUUAUUGUUUAUAUGAUUAAUGUAAUUUAUACACACCCAUAUUAUACCCGAGUACUAAUGUAUACUUGGUAUAUAUGCAAGUGACUCAUGUCAAAUAAUGUCUAAUAAGCAGAAGUUCCCAAUAAUUUACACUAGUCAGAACAUUUUCAUAGCGGAACCAAUUUUUUGUUUAAUGUUGAAAUUUAGAUUUAGUAUAUGUACUGGAUAUUUUUUACUGGAAAAUUUUUGUGUCGAAGAUUUAUACGUCCAGCUUGGUUCUGUAACAUUCCAACCUUCAGCAAUACAUUUCUUAAAUUUAAUAAA